UCGACAAAAGUUUCCUUCCAUGUGGAAAAAUAUCACAACAAACGAAUAGAAAUCUUAUUAAAAUCUUUUUAUUGACUCAUUUAAACAAAAUAGCAUUAAUAUUGAUAAUUAAAGUAAGAUGGUUGUAUUCACAUGUAAUCAUUGCGGUGAAAGCUUAAAGAAAAAUAACGUAGAAAAGCAUAUGUCAAGAUGUAACAAAAAUGUUUCUGUUUCCUGUAUGGAUUGCUUUAAAGACUUUGAUAGACAAUCAUAUAGUGCUCAUACGCAGUGCGUCACAGAACUUCAAAGGUAUUCAGGAAAAGAUUACGUACCAAAGGCUAAUCUUAACAAAGGACAGAAAAAACAAGAAGCAUGGGUUGAUAUUGUAAGAUCAAUAACAGAUAAAAAAUCACAUCUUUCCAAUGGCGUUAAGAAGAUUCUUGAAACAAUUUCAUCUUAUGACAACAUCCCUCGAAAGAAAGCAAAGUUCCUGAAUUUUAUGAAAAAUUCUUUUCGUUAUAUGAAGCAUAACGAAUUGGAAGAAGCUUGGACAUUGUUAGAGGAAGCAUUAAAAGACAAUAAAGGUCCUGCGGUCCAAGACAAAAAAGUUAUUGAAACCUCUGAAGUUAAUGGAAAACGAAAGCUUGAUGAAGAAAAAGUUCCAAUUGAGGAUAAUAAUGAAGAAUCAGAAAUUAUUGAACCGCCUCAGAAGAAGAAAAAGAAAAACGAAUCAAAUGAUGUUGUCGAAUAUGAAACUCUUCCAAAUGAACAGCCAUUAACUAUUGAAUCAAGUGAAAAAUUCAGCUGGAAUGAAACAAUUCGCAGCAUAUUGUCACAAAAAUGUAGUGAAUUUAAAUUGAAGAAACUCAAGAAGAAAGUUCUCAAAAAAUAUCAGAUCUUAACUGGGGAUAUUUGGAGUGAAAAGCAAGAUAAUAAGUUUCUGAAAAAAAUCCAAAAACUCAAAGGAGUUGAAGUUGUUGACAAUGAAAAAGUACGAUUAGUUGGAUAAUUAAACGUCGAAUCUUUAAUUAAAAAAAAAGAUUAAUAAAAGCUUAAAGAAAAAAAUAAUAAAACAAG